UGCUCACUGUCCUGAAACGCGAUGACCCACUCUGCCCUAUGGGAAUCUCUCUCUCUCUCUCUCUCUCUCUCGCUCUCUCUCUCUCUCUCUCUCUCUCUCUCUCUCUCUCUCUCUCACACACACACAGCCAGCAGUGUCAGCUACAUCUGCGUCUGUCUGUCCGAGCGGGCGGCAGCAGCAGCAGCAGCAGCAGUAGCAGCAGACGCAGAGAGCAGUGCCCCUCACAGCAGAGGCAGCAGCAGCAGCAGCAGCAGUAGCCAACAGCAGAGAGAGAGUGUUACCCACAGUAGCCGCUACCACCACAAGGCUCCCGGGCUGCUCCCUCUCUCUCUCUCUCUCUCUCUCUCUACUUUUUCUUUCUCCCUCACCCUCUCUCCCUCCCUCACUAAGCGAGGUCGACAGGCAGUGUGUGUGUGUGUGUGUGUGAAAGAGAGAGAGAGUCAGAGAGCCGGAGGAGGGGAGGAAAGUUAUCUGUGUCUCCGGCUCACACCUGAUAGCGCUCAACCUGUCAGCACUGACAGCCGCUACGUACUUCAGGGGCUCCUGGCAACUUGUGGAUACUUCUUUUCUUUUUUCUUUUUCUCUCUUUCUUUCCCCCCCUCCCCAUUACACUCUAUAUCUGCCAGAGGCUUCUACAAACUGCCUGUCUUGUACGGUAUUGACUAAAAGCGACUUCUUUUUUGGACUAAAAUCCAAGUGAUUGGUUUGGAUUUUUAAAAUCCAAGUGAUUGGUUUGGAUUUUGCCUCUUGAAAGGAUGGAUUUCACAUCUAUCCACACUGAAGACCCAGAUCAGUGGGAUUUCACGAGUCGAGUCUCUCCACAACAGCUGUCAGUCUGUUGUGUGUAAUUUUUCCCCCUUUCAUCGGCGACGUCAAGCUAAGGACUUAAAAAGAAAAGGAUUUACCAUGAAUACCCGACCACUGGGCACACACACCGGGAGAUCCCUCCGUGCCGGUACAGAUGGUGGACACUUUGGCAACGCUUUGUCCGAGAGCAUUAUUGAGAUGGAAGACUGCAUACAACACCUUCAGCAAAUGAGUGCCCGGUAGGCACUUAGGGUCUGUAGCAAACAUGGAGGUGGGCAACAUAGACAACUCCUCCACCCAUGACAAUUCAUCAGACAUUCACCCAGCCACACACAGCCUGUGGGAAGUCAUCAGCAUAGCAACGGUGUCGGCCAUCGUCAGUCUGAUAACCAUCGUGGGGAAUGUUCUGGUGGUGCUGUCCUUUAAGGUAAACAGCCAGCUAAAGACGGUGAACAAUUACUACCUGCUGAGCCUGGCAUUCGCUGAUCUCAUCAUCGGUGUGUUUUCCAUGAACCUAUACACCUCCUACAUACUGAUGGGCUACUGGUCUCUGGGUAGCUUGGCAUGUGACUUGUGGCUAGCGCUAGACUACGUGGCUUGUAACGCAUCGGUCAUGAACUUACUCGUCAUCAGCUUCGAUAGGUACUUCUCCAUCACGAGGCCUUUGACGUAUCGAGCCAAACGGACACCAAAACGAGCAGGGAUCAUGAUCGGCCUGGCGUGGCUGGUGUCAAUCAUCCUCUGGGCACCGCCUAUCCUCUGCUGGCAGUAUUUCGUUGGCAAGCGGACUGUGCCCGAGCGUCAGUGCCAGAUCCAGUUCUUCUCGGAGCCGGUGAUCACGUUUGGCACGGCUAUCGCCGCGUUCUACAUCCCCGUCUCCAUCAUGACCAUCCUCUACUGCCGCAUCUACAAAGAGACGGAGCGGCGCACCAAGGACCUGGCCGAGCUGCAGGGCAUGAACUCUUCCAUGGACUCGAGCAACAACGCCAAGCCCCAGAAAACCAUCAUCAGGUCCUGCUUCAACUGCAAGCAGCUGAACAGCACCACGCGAGACCGCAACCAGGCGUCCUGGUCCUCCUCGAGCAGGAGCAACGCUACCAAGUCCGCAGCCAUAUCCAACGACGAGUGGUCCAAAACCGACCAGCUGACCACCUUCAACAGCUACGCGUCCUCUGAGGACGAGGAGCGUCCCGUGUCCCCCGGGGGUAUCUUCCAACCUUCCUUUAGAAACGAGGCCUGCUUGGAAAACAGGUGCUCCAUGGCGGCGGCGGCGGCGGCAGCAACUAGCGAUGGCGAGCAGCUCAGGAGCUACGACGAGGACAGCUUCUUCCCAUCGCCGCUCAAGAGCGGCUCCCAGAAGAGCAAGAAGUGCGUCUCCUACAAGUUCAAACCUGUCAUCAAGGAGACCAGCAUUGGCGACGUCGGUGCCGAUGACAGCGACACCCCCCGUCGACACCAUACGCAGCAGCAGCAGCCGCAGCUGAGCAAAAACGGGGACACCAAGGGCGCUUCCUCCUUCUCAUCGGCAGAGUCCAUGAGCGCCCCGUCCACCUCUUCCUCCUCAAAGCCGGCGGACGGGACGCUCAAGAGCCAGAUGACCAAAAGGAAGAGGAUGGUGCUGAUCAAGGAGCGCAAGGCGGCGCAAACGCUCAGCGCCAUCCUGCUGGCUUUCAUCCUCACGUGGACGCCGUACAACAUCAUGGUGCUCAUCUCCACCUUCUGCUCCGACUGCAUCCCUGUUUCGGUCUGGCACCUGGGCUACUGGCUGUGUUACGUCAACAGCACUGUCAACCCCAUGUGCUACGCCCUGUGCAACAAGACCUUCCAGAAGACCUUCCGCAUGCUGCUGCUCUGCCAGUGGAAGAGGAAGCGGGUGGAGGAGAAGCUCUACUGGUACGGCCCAAACCCGGUGGUGAACACCAAGCUCACGUGAAACCGUCAUAGGCUCACUCAAGCACCUGGAUCAAUAAGCAUCCUCUGAUUAUUAUAUAUGUAGGGAUGCACUGAGGGAGACAAGUGCUGUUGAAUACUGGAAGUUGUGACCUUGUUGUUGUUAUUGUUGUUGUUUAAAGGGUGUUUGUGAGAUUACCACUGAGCCUAGAGAACAGCAACUGUUCUGUCUGUGUACCACUUCCAUUACUGAGGGGGGAAGAAAUGUGAAUCGGAACGAAAGCUGGUCAAAUAUAAGACAUGUAAGUAAAAAGUGUAAAGUCCUCAAAACACUAUCUCUUUUGGAUCUGCAAUGUUGUUGGUGCACUUAUAAACUGUGUUCCAGAGGCGUAAAGCACAUACUGAUAAGCAUCAAAUGUAGUUUUGUCAAAGUUCAUUGUCACCGCCCGGCUGCAAGUCAUCACCACGCUAACAUCCAAGGGCUACCUUUGCUUGCGUGUGAAUUAGGUGAGCUACUGCUAACUGUGCUGAAUGCUGUGAAGAUUGUACUCGCGCAACUCAAAGCCUUCUUCCAACAGUGCCAUUUUUUGGAGACAGACAUAAAGAAAGAGUUGAGGGGGAAAACAGUAAUUUUGACAUGCCCAGAAAGAGAGUGUUAUUUCAUGUACAAUAAAACCAAUGUGAAUUUUCUAAGCCUGGUUAUGCUGGUAAAUGUG